CUUUCAAUUGUGAUACACUGUUUUGAAACCGUGUAGAUGAACUGGAUCCUAUAUAUAGAGAGAAAUGAAGGUGGAGAAAGCGUGUAAAUUACAUAAAAUAUAUUACAAGAUCAAUACCCUGGUUGCAUUCCUAACAACAGUUGUCUGUCCUGAUCUCUUUCUUUGUUCAAUUCCCAGAAUGUCAUUUCAUUCAAGGUAUAUGUAUAUGUAGUUCAGUUCAUAUAUAACUGAUAUGAUAUACAAAUAUAUAUUACUUGGACUAUUAACGCAAUCAUCAUCUCCUAGAAAAUCUCAUGCUUACAACAAGUUCUCCACCAACCUUUGAUCGGUGUGGACUUAUUCGGUGACUUCCAUCAUCAGACUUUGCGCUUUUGAGAUUUUGAUGGCUCUGAAUGAUUGUUCCAUCUUGGGGUGUGCCAAAGAUCUUCAAUUGGGAUUUUCCACCUUUCAGCCUGCAAAUUCUAGGCUAGGUGCGAAUUCAAAACGUGAUUUUGAGAAAUGCUGCAAAUGGGAAUGUUGUUGUUUGCGUGUUUUGGGUCCGAGAGCUCUGACUCCAGUUGAAGAUGAGAAGCCAGAUUCUGUGACUGAGUUUCAGUCUUCUGGGGGUAACAGGGGUCACGGGGUCUGGCUUCAGAUAACUGAGUUAGACGAGUUUCUCUUCCACAAGGAUGUUGACCUGCUUCAUAAACCAUUAAUGGCUAACGAUCUUUCUUCUUCAAGUGAUGGGUCAAAGGUGCGUGUUGCUUAUAAGGGUCUUCCAGGAUCAUAUGGUGAGGAUGCAGCUUUGAAAGCAUAUCCAAAAUGUGAGACAGUGCCAUGUAUUGAUUUUGAGACAGCAUUCAAGGCUGUUGAAUCGUGGUCAGUGGAUAAAGCUGUUCUACCCAUCGAAAGUUCUAUUGCUGGAAGCAUCCACCGUAAUUAUGAAUUACUUCUUCGCCACAAGUUACACAUUGUUGGUGAGGUGCAGUUGCAAAUUAACCACUGCCUCUUAGGAGUGGCUGGUGCGACAAAGGAGGAGAUCAAUAGUGUACUGAGUCAUCAUCAGGCUCUUGUUCAGUGUAAGACAAUGCUUACUGAUUUACGUGUUGCCAGAAUUAGUGUAGAUGAUACUGCUAUAGCUGCUAAGGAAGUGGCCUUAAAUGGGAAAAGGGACAUUGGAGCUAUUGCAGGUUCAAGGGCAGCAACAAUAUAUGGCCUUGACAUUCUAGCUGAAGGAAUCCAGGAUGAUGUUAAUGUUACUCGCUUUUUGAUACUUGAAAGGGAUCCUUUAAUUCCAGGAACUGACGGGUCCUAUAAGACUAGCAUUGUUUUCAGUCUGGAUGAAGGUCCUGGUGUACUAUUCAAAGCCCUGGGAGCGUUUUCUCUGAGGGGCAUCAAUUUGUCAAAGAUAGAGAGCCUCCCUCAGAAGCAGCGUCCAUUGAGGAUUGUUGAUGAUUCACAUGAUGGGAGUGCCAAGUACUUUGACUACCUUUUCUACAUUGAUUUUGAAGCUUCUAUUGUAAAUCCUCGUGCACAAUAUGCUUUAGAGAAUUUGCAGGAAUAUACAAGAUUUAUUCGUGUUCUCGGUUGUUAUCCCACCGCUACCGCGGAUAAUUAAUAUUUGUAGAAGUCAAAAUGCCUUAACAAACUGAUACACAAGGUUCAUCUUGAAUCAGAUACAAGAGGAGAUAAUAUCCUUUAAAAGCUUUUUUCUCUUUCACCUCAUCCAAAACUCUCUACAUCUUCUAAGGAUUAGAUAGGCAUAUGGGGAGAACGCUGAUACAAACAUUUCUGUAUUUUCUAUCAUGAAUAUAGAUUAGAUAGGUAUAUAUAUUUUGGAGUUUGGACCCGUUUAUAAAUAGUAAAUUAACAAAGUAUAUGUAAACAGUUACUCCAUUAUGGCAAAUAAAUAAAUGACCAUUACCAAACCGCCUCAUA